CGACGUUUCACCCCAGAUGCUGUCGGAGAUGAGAGAAACGAACCAGGUGCUGAGAGAAAUCACAGAGCUCCUGAAACAGCAGAUCAAGGAAAUCACAUUCUUGAAGAACACCGUGAUGGAGUGUGACGCUUGCGGGAUGAACACGGGAGCGAUCGGCCCCGGGAUUAGCAUGACGGCGUUUAACAGGUGUUACCCGAAUCCUUGCUUCCCCGGGGUCACCUGCACAGACACCCCCACCGGCUUCCGCUGCGGAUCCUGCCCCCUGGGCUACACCGGCAACGGGACUCACUGCAUUGAUAUAGAUGAGUGCGCUGCCAAUCCCUGCUUCCCCAGAGUCCAGUGCAUCAAUACGGCCCCUGGUUUCCGCUGUGAGCCCUGCCCUCCGGGGUAUACAGGGCCAGUGCUGGAAGGAAUGGGUUUGGCAUACGCCAGGGCCAACAAACAGGUAUGCAACGACAUCAAUGAAUGUGAGAUGGGCCUCGCCAGAGCCUGCGUCCCCAACUCCAUCUGCAUCAACACCCGGGGUUCCUAUAAGUGUGGGUCGUGCAAAGCCGGCUUCGCGGGGGACCAGACUGUGGGCUGCCGGAGCAAGACGGAGAGACGGUGCCCCAACGGAGAGCUGAGUCCAUGCCACGAGAGAGCGGAAUGCGUCAUUGAGCGUGACGGAAGGCCGGGCUGCCGGUGCAUUGUGGGAUGGGCUGGAAACGGCUAUAUUUGCGGGAGAGACACGGACAUCGAUGGGUUUCCUGAUGAGAAGCUACGUUGCAGCGAUAAGAAAUGCCGCAAGGACAACUGCGUCACUGUUCCAAACUCUGGGCAAGAGGAUGCAGACAGAGACGGCAUUGGAGACGCUUGCGAUGAUGACGCGGACGGGGACGGGAUUCUGAACACCGAGGACAACUGCGUGUUCGUGCGCAACACGGACCAGCGCAACACGGACCAGGACAAUUACGGGGACGCCUGCGACAACUGCCCCCACGUGAAGAACAACGACCAGCGGGACAGCGACAGAGACGGCCGGGGAGACCUGUGUGACGAUGACAUGGACGGGGACAAUGUUAAAAACAUUAUGGACAACUGUGUCAGGAUUCCCAAUCCAGACCAGAGAGAUACCGACGGGGACGGUGUGGGAGAUGUCUGUGAUAGCUGCCCCUCGAUCUAUAAUCCAGACCAGAAAGAUACUGACCACGAUCUUGUCGGGGACCCUUGUGACACCAAUCAGGAUCGCGACGGAGACGGUCAUCAGGACUCCAGGGACAACUGCCCCUCCGUGCCCAACAGCUCCCAACUGGACACCGACCGGGAUGGGAUCGGCGACGAAUGUGACGAUGACGACGAUAACGAUGGCAUCCCGGACCGGAGGCCGCCGGGCCCUGACAACUGCCGCCUGGUCCCCAAUCCCGGGCAGGAAGACACAAACAGAGACGGCAUCGGGAACGCCUGCGAGGAUGACUUCGACAAGGACCUGGUGGUCGACCACAUUGACGUCUGCCCCGAGAACGCCGAAGUGACGUUGACUGACUUCCGGGCCUACCAGACGGUGGUGCUGGACCCCGAGGGCGACGCGCAAAUCGACCCUAACUGGAUUGUCCUCAACCAGGGUAUGGAAAUCGUCCAGACCAUGAACAGUGAUCCAGGCCUGGCUGUGGGCUACACUGCAUUCAACGGGGUGGACUUUGAGGGCACUUUUCACGUGAACACGGCCACCGACGACGACUACGCUGGCUUUAUCUUCGGCUACCAGGACAGCUCCAGCUUCUACGUGGUCAUGUGGAAGCAGAUGGAACAGACGUACUGGCAAGCCAACCCCUUCCGAGCGGUGGCCGAACCCGGCAUCCAGCUCAAGGCAGUGAAGUCGAAAACAGGGCCGGGAGAAUACCUGCGCAAUUCGCUCUGGCACACGGGAGACACCACCGACCAAGUCAAGCUGCUGUGGAAAGACCCCCGCAACGUUGGCUGGAAAGACAAGACCUCCUACCGCUGGUUCCUGCAGCAUCGGCCCCAGGUGGGCUACAUCCGGUAA